AUGACAUCCUCAUCUUCGAACAGCCACCCUCCGCCUGCCACGUCCUCGACCGAUCUUCCUACUCAAUCAUCUACAAGUUCGUCACACCUCGAUCCGAAUGCGCAACUGGCGAACAGUGGAUAUGCGCCGAAUGAUAACCAGCUUGCGGGCUUAGUCGAAGCGGCCACUGCUGCUGCGGAUCAAGAUAUCUCCCAAUGGACCGCAGCUGCAGCCGUCGCCGCUGCCGCAGGAGCCGCAAGCCAUAAUCACCAGUUGGACGGGUAUGGCGCGGACAUGCACCUCACUGAUGACGGAUUCGGCGAUGCAAAUUUUGGCACGGGCAUGGCGAGUGGCAGACAUCUGAGAGUGCCCGGUAACAACGAGCACUCUCAGUCGCCAGGCCUGUCACGAACCGUCUCCAAAAAGCGGAAACGAAACGACGAUAAUUUGGACCCGGCAUUGACCAGUCCUGGUCUGGGCGCGUCGCAACACGCACAGUCGCAUUCGUCGCAACAGAAUUCGCAGGGGUAUAGUGGCGACGGACUGGAUAUUCGGGCUGUGCCGCCGCAGUCGCUGUCAGAAGCGCGCGCGGUGGGCGUUCAUUCUGCUGCUGCGCUGUUCCGCCAGCCCUCGAGCAACAAAAAGUAUACUCGGCCGCCGAUGUCGAAACUGUUCACGUCGCUUGAACUUUCUCCGGAGAAUUUCUUGCAUCUGCAAGCCGCCGCUAAGGGGUAUAUGUUGAAUGAUCAGCAUCCGGAGAGGCGGGAUUGCGUGGGCCAGCGAGGCAAGGGUGAUACCGAGAUGGUCAAACUACGCCUGUGGAACUGUGUUCGUCACUUCCUGGAGGCCGAGGGCAACGGCGAACGGUUCUUCGGCGAAAACGUUAUCAAUGAAGGCAUGGGUCCUCGAACAUACAUUUGGCCGCGUGACCAGCAGAAGAUCAUAUCUUUGGUUAUUCCUCUGUUGCGACGCAUGGUCACCAACGAACGCCAACGCCAAUAUGCAAUCGAAACCCGGAAAGGAGGUGGCUCCGAUGAUCGACGACGCCGGAGAACCGACGAGGGGUUCCAUAAUUUGGAUAGCCCACGGUUCUCGCCCGAGCAGUCCCUCCAAAUGCACACUCAGGCCCAUCGUCCGGACGACUUAGGACAGGCGAUGCCGCCGCCACCUCCCCCGCAACAGCCGAUGGGCUCAGAUCAGCAGACCAUGGAUCUCGGGCUCACUGAUCUUCUCUUGGAUGGAUACCCGAUGGACUGGAACGAAAUCACGCGAUCGUACGACAUGUACAAUCAAGACUUUGAGCUUGAUAAUCUAUGGUCUCUAUCUGGCCUUCAGCAGUCCGACUGGCGCGGGCUGGUCGCCGCCAUCGAUAGUCACUAUCAUACCAUUCACAGCGGCGACUAUAAUUGCCCGCCUGGUUGCGAGGACGCCAAUAUUGACCGCAUUAUUCAUGCUAACACUACAUCUGCCCUGCCCUGGCGGAUUGGGGGAGGUCGCAAUCUUCCUGCUCGGGAUGAAUUCGCCAGCAGCAUCACCCGCGAUGUUUCGCGAAUCAUUCGCGAAAACAUCGCCGCAAGACACGGCGGCGCUCCACCCCCACGAACAGCCGAUCACCAAUUCCACCAUCCCCAGCAACCUUUCACCGCCGACAACUCUCAAAACCAAACAUCUCUGCGUGUCAACAUCCUCCAGCACGGCAAGCGCAUUCUUUCCCGUCUCGAUUUACUAGCCGGCCAGUACCCCAGCAUCGACAGCGUCAAGCAAGCGAUUUUGCGCCGCUUCCCAGGCCAGAUCCCCGGCCUUCCUUUCGUGCCGGACUCUGAGAAUCUCGACCCGGCUGCCCAGGAAGCUCGCGAGUCUGUCGCUGCCGCUGAGUGGAGAGUGAAGGUCUGGCUGCCGGACGGGCUUAUUACUGUCCAGAAUCAGAAGGACUGGACUAUCGCCUUGCUUUCGGCUGAGACGGUGGACUGGAUGGAUGGGGAUUUGAAGGUGCUGGUUGAGGUUGACGGAGCCAGUGAGCAGCAGUAG